AUGGGGAUGGCGAUGAGGCCGCCGGCGCUGGUCGACGACGCCAUGUGCGAGGUCUUCACGCGCCUGCCGGCGGACGACCCCAGGAGCCUUGUCCGCGCCGCCGCCGUCUGCAGGAGCUGGCGCGCCAUCCUCACCGACCCCGGCUUCGCCCGCGGCUACCGCGCGUUCCACGGUGCGGCGCCCAUGCUGGGCUUCCUCCACAACGCGUACCGCAACGGCAACCGCUUCGUCCCCACCUCGACCUUCCGGCGGCGGGCUUCCCAGGACCGCCCAGACUGCCAGGUCCUCGACUCCCGGCACGGCCUCGUCCUACUCUACGCCCCUGCGUACGAACUCCCCUUUGACGCCUGCGACCUCGUCGCCAACAAGUUGUGGGAAAUCGAAGCCUUCCCCAAGUGCCGCGACACCAUGCACUGGGAGGACAUCUACGAGGGCGUGCUACACUGCAAUGCCACGGUGCUCUGCGCCAGAGACCAGUGCGACCACCUCGACUGCCAUGGCGGCAGCCCUUUCCUGGUGGCCUUGGUGGGCUCUGCGGACGAAGGAGGCAUCGCCCUCGCCACCGCCUACUCGUCGGAGACUCGUGAGUGGAGCGACAAGAUCUCCGUUGGGAGCCCGGGCUUGCAGAUCGACGACGGAGGGCACACUGCUGUGGUGGGAAACAAGGUCUAUGUCCCCAGCUAUGAGUGUGACAGUGUGGUGGAGUACAACAUUCGUGAGCAACGACUAUCUGUGAUCAAUGUGCCAGAGAGCCUGGACGAGGCACACCUUGACCUCAUAGGCGCGGAGGACGGCAUGCUGCUGUUUGCGUCCGUGCUCAAGUCUAGACUCUAUCUGUGGUCAAUGGAGGCUGGUCCUAGGGUUUCCAGUUGUCAUUCCGCCGGGUGCUGGCCUCUGAUGAAGCGGCACGCGCGGUUGUCGGUGCCGGAAGACUUUGAAGAUGAGCUCCGGCGGGUGUCUUCUGCUGCCGGCUCUGUUGGGUAG